CAUCAAAACUAGGGUUCCUCAGAAACGCUAUCCUCGCGAGAAAGCAAACCGAAAACAAAAAAGCGUGUCUUUCUUCUUUCAUCUUUAUCUUUCACCUCAAUUUUCUCUUCUGAAGUUUUCGCAGUUCAUAGAGAUCAUGGAGAUGGAGCGCGUCUUUGGAUUCCCCCAACCUCACAUGGAUCGACGCCCAAGAAAGAGAGCUAGAUUAGGCUGGGAUAUCCCUGAGGCCCCGAAGGCUCAGGUAGGAUUAUUUUGUGGACAAGAGGUUGGAACUAUUUCAAGCUAUGCUCCUUCAUGGGGUCCCUCAGAACAUACCAGUAGUUCUCUUUCUGUUAAGGGUGUUGCUCGAAAUGGUUCUCCCCCUCAGCGAGAUGAUGACAAAGAUGGCCAUUACAUUUUUGAGCUUGGAGAAAAUUUAACUUCUCGCUACAAGAUUCAUAGCAAAAUGGGUGAAGGAACAUUUGGACAGGUCUUAGAAUGCUGGGACAGAGAAAGGAAGGAAAUGGUUGCCAUUAAAAUUGUUCGUGGGGUAAAGAAGUAUCGGGAAGCAGCCAUGAUUGAAAUUGAGGUGCUGCAGCAGCUUGGUAAACACGAUAAAGGUGGCAAUCGUUGUGUGCAAAUACGGAACUGGUUUGACUAUCGUAAUCAUAUCUGUAUUGUCUUUGAGAAACUUGGACCAAGCUUAUACGAUUUUCUUCGGAAAAACAAUUAUCGCUCAUUUCCCAUUGAUCUUGUCCGUGAGAUUGGCAGACAACUGUUGGAAUGUGUAGCAUUCAUGCAUGAUUUGCGAAUGAUCCAUACUGACCUGAAGCCUGAAAACAUACUUCUAGUUUCUCCCGAGUAUGUCAAAGUUCCUGAUUACAAGAGUUCAUCAAGAUCACCAAGUUCUUAUUUCAAGAGAGUGCCCAAGUCAAGUGCUAUAAAGGUUAUUGAUUUUGGCAGCACGACUUAUGAGCGAGAAGAUCAGAAUUACAUUGUAUCAACUCGACACUAUAGGGCACCUGAAGUUAUCCUUGGACUGGGCUGGAGUUACCCGUGUGAUAUUUGGAGUGUGGGGUGUAUAUUGGUUGAGUUAUGCACUGGUGAAGCUUUGUUUCAGACCCAUGAGAAUUUAGAGCACCUUGCCAUGAUGGAGAGGGUGCUUGGACCACUACCUCAGCACAUGCUGAAGAGAGUAGACCGACAUGCUGAAAAGUACAUUAGAAGGGGUAGAUUAGACUGGCCAGAAGGUGCAACCUCGAGGGAUAGUAUUAAAGCCGUAAUGAAGCUUCCUAGGCUACAGAACCUUAUCAUGCAGCAUGUUGAUCACUCCGCUGGUGAUCUUAUACACCUCUUGCAGGGAUUGCUUAGAUAUGAUCCCUCAGAAAGGCUUACAGCCAGGGAAGCUCUAAGACAUUCUUUCUUCAUGAGAGAUUACCUACGGAGAUGAUGAUCCACCCCAUCACACUCGCAUGCCUAUUCUCCCUUGAAAUCAAGGGCAAAUAUGACCACAACUGUUGCCAGGCAAAAAGGGGGGGGGGGUGGAUUUGGAGCCAGUCCCUGUAAAUACUUUUAUCUACCCCUUGACAAAAGCGUGGAUAUAGCCAGCGCUUUGAUUGUUAUUUCUUCACAAAUUUUGAUAGAAUAUACUAUCAUUAGCCCAAGUCUGAAAUCAAUGUAAUAUAGAAGAAAAGCUGUGUUAAAUCUCAUUUUUCAGAAGUUUUAAGUUGUCGCCACUUGCUAUUUUUCACCUUGGAGCUUUUGUUGAAGUAUUUCCACCUUGUGAUUUCUAAUUGGAAACUCUCAUCGUAUCUAAGGCUGC